CGGACCGCAGCGCCGCGGUGCCGCAGUCAAACCCCUCCGGGUCAGUCAGUGGGUGAAAGGUCUGUCAGUCAGGAGUGACAGCAGCACGCAAACGCACCUCCCAGAGACACCGCCGACCAGACAAAAUGUCCAAGCAGCAGCAGAUCAGUCCGAUGAAGAACUUCUUCGCAGGAGGCUUCGGGGGCGUCUGCCUCGUCUUCGCCGGACAUCCACUCGACACCAUUAAGGUGCGUUUACAGACGCAGCCCAAGCCGAAACCCGGAGAAAGCCUCUUGUAUGCUGGAACCAUUGAUUGUCUCAAGAAGACCUUCGCCAAAGAGGGUAUGAAGGGAUUCUACAAAGGCAUGGCAGCGCCCAUCAUUGGAGUCACGCCCAUGUUUGCUGUCUGUUUCUUUGGAUUCGGAAUGGGCAAGAAACUACAACAGAAAACCCCCGAUGACAUCCUUACGUAUCCACAGCUGUUCGCUGCAGGCAUGUUGUCUGGCGUGUUCACCACGGCCAUCAUGGCUCCUGGAGAGCGCAUCAAAUGCCUCCUACAGAUCCAGGCAUCCACAGGAGAGGUGAAGUAUGCAGGACCCAUGGACUGCGUCAAACAGCUGUACAGAGAGUUUGGGAUCAGAGGAAUCUACAAAGGCACCGCGCUGACUCUGAUGAGAGAUGUUCCAGCUAGUGGGAUGUAUUUCACUUCUUAUGAGUGGUUGAAGAACGUCCUCACGCCAGCAGGAAAAAGCCACAACGAGCUCAGCAUCCCCAGUGUGCUGUUUGCUGGAGGGAUGGCUGGGAUCUUCAACUGGGCCGUCGCAAUCCCCGCCGACGUGCUCAAGUCCCGUUUCCAAACAGCUCCUGAAGGAAAAUAUCCCAAUGGAUUUCGGGACGUUCUGCGGGAGCUGAUCCGAGAGGAGGGCGUCGGCUCUCUGUAUAAAGGCUUCAACGCCGUCAUGCUCAGAGCUUUUCCUGCAAACGCUGCUUGUUUCUUAGGAUUUGAAUUUGCAAUGAAGUUCCUGCACUGGAUGGCACCGGACCUGUGAGCAUCGCCUCAUGUGGGAAUCCCAGGAAAACAUUGUUUAAUACGGAGCCGUUAUUAGCAACAUACACAGAAAGUCUCAAUGAGAUUUUAACAGUUUUCCAAAUAUGUGCUUGAUUAUCUUUGAACCUCGUACUGUAGACCGUGUGGGUCAUCAGACCCGUGGAGGAAGCAGAGCAGACACGGUGUGCGUAAACAUCAACACACACACACACACACACACACACACACAGACGCAGGUUCCCUCUCCUUUUCGUUUGGAAUUGUUUUCUUUUUAUUGUUGUUUUUUGUAGAAGAAAAGGGGAGAAGAGAACAUGCCGUGCCUUACCUUUCGUUAUCUGCGAGCAGGUGUACAUAUCAGGGAAAAGGUGAUUUAGGUUUUAUUAUGUUUGAUCAGUCGCUCGGCAAUACACACAUUUGAAAUAGUCUGCUUCCUCCGCUCAGUGACCCCCAAAGAUUUCUGUUCAUGCUCAUCUGAAAUCAUGAGAGUGGUCAUAGUGAGAUUCACUAAACAUUACAUGAAUGUCAAAAUGUAAAGAAAUUAAAAGCUAGAAUCCAUAUUUAGAAAUGA